AUAUUGUUUGCGUUCACUGCAAGCUCACGGAUAUUUGAAACGUUGUAUGGGUGAAGCAGCAUAAAAUCACUGUGAGGGGGAUACAAUACAAAAAUACCUGAGCAGAGGCAGGGAUAUAGACACCAGAGGGCAAUGGUGGAAACUAAGUACAUUUACUAUUGUGCUGUAGAUUGAGACACCAUGACUGAAGAAACAGCCAAUGGGAUCCGCGUUGAAGACUCGGGGACAGAUAAAGGGGCUCCAGCGAGGGAGAAGUGGGCCAAUAACACAGAGUUCUUGCUCUCCGUGGUCGCAGCAAUCAAUGGCUUUGUAAAUGUUUGGAGAUUUCCUUAUCUGUGCUUUAGGAAUGGAGGAGUUGCCUUCUUCAUCCCUUACUUUGUGUGUCUCAUCUCCGUUGGCAUUCCCAUAUUCUUCCUGGAGACUGCAUUGGGCCAAUACACCGGUGAGGGUGUGGUCACUGCCUGGAGGAAGAUUUGCCCUAUGUUCGAAGGUGUGGGGGUUGCGUCCCUAGUGGUCAUGAUCUAUCUGAACAUCUUCUUCAUUGUGAUAUCAGCCUGGACUAUCUUCUACCUGAUCAACUCCUUCAUAAGCCCUAUGCCCUGGUCCACAUGUAACAACGUUUGGAACACUGACGAAUGUCAUACUCGUUAUAGCAUUUAUGCAAACCCCCAUAUGUUUCAUUCUGAGUCCAACUGGUCAUUCCUAAACAACUUUACCUCAGAUGACUACUUAGAGAAUGACAGUUUCAUGAAUGGGACAGAUACAUCCCUGACAUUCACUUCACCGGAAGAAGAAUUCUGGCUUUCACGUGUGCUAAGACCAUCAUAUGACAUGUCGCUGGGUAAGGUGCACUGGGACCUGGCUCUGUGUCUCCUGCUUGCCUGGAUAAUAUGUUACUUCUGCAUCUGGAAGGGAAUUAAAUUCAUGGGCAAGAUAGUAUACUUCACUGCUACAUGCCCCUACCUGAUGAUGCUCAUCCUUUUCAUCCGUGGGGUGACACUCCCAGGGGCUGGCGAGGGCCUAGCAUAUUACCUCAUGCCUGAUUAUAGCAGGAUCAUUUCUCCAUCUGUAUGGAUUGACGCAGCAAGUCAAGUGAUUUACUCCUACUCUUUGUCUGUUGGAGUACUGACCACUCUUGGAAGCUAUAACAAAUACAACAGCAACUGCUACAGAGACUGCUUUGCACUGUGCUGUCUGAACUUCGCCACCAGUAUCUUUGCUGGCCUUAUUGUGUUCUCAGUACUGGGAUUCAUGGCUUAUGAACAGAAUGUAGAAAUAUAUGACAUUGCUAUGUCUGGUCCUGGUUUGGCUUUCAUAACCUUUCCUAAGGCUGUCUCAAUGCUGCCUGGCUCGAUGUUUUGGUCUGUGCUCUUCUUCCUCAUGAUGCUCCUCCUGGGUAUAAAUGCUCAGUUUGUGUACGUGGAGAGCAUGGCCACAACCAUCACAGACCUAUUCCCACAUCACCUGAGGAAGCCUGGAAGAAGAGAAAUACUGACCCUGGUCAUCGCUGUGGUCUGCUUCCUACUGGGACUGCCAUUUAUUACUCAGGGAGGAAUAUUACUCUUUCACGUGGUUGACCUGUAUGGCCUCAGUGAAAUCAUUAUCCUCUUCAUUAUCGGCUUUGAGUGCAUUGGCAUUGCCUGGGUGUAUGGUGCAGACCGUUUCUUACACAACAUUACAGACAUGAUAGGGUACCCGCCAGUCCCAGUGCUGAAGUACUGCUGGAUGUUUUUCACACCGCUCAUCUGUUGGAUCGCUAUACUAUAUCAUUUAUCAUUACCAUCCCAUUUGGUGGUGUUCGGCUUUGACGCCGGUGGGCAUAGUUACACUUUGGGCAGUCUACUCAUCUUUACUCCACUGAUAUUCAUCCCAGUUUUCAUUUUGGUCUCAUCGUAUAGGAAUUUCCAAACUAUGUCUACACCAUCCAGUGACCUGCGUCAGGCUUGGGCACACAAGCCAGUGCUCACUCUGUGUAAGUGUGUAAUCUUCAAGGCUCAGGGGCCGCCAAGCAGCACCGUGGCUGAAGGAAACGAGAAGAUGAUGAUGGAGGAACCCAUUGGAGUUUGAUUGUAAUUAAUGACAUUUAUAGAUCUUGCAGCAAAUGAUGGUUCUUAGCAUCAUUGCAAUAUACGCCAAAAAACAAUUAUUUGAAUCAUAUGCAAAGUUUUAUAAAUGUUUACACUUUUCACAGGUAUUCAGGGAGGUCAUUUUAGGAUUGUUUUCUUUUUACCUAUGCACAUUAUUAAACCUUUUUAUAUUACCUUUAAAAAAAAAAAAGAAGAAGAAAAAUGAAAAAGUCCCACAUAAUGUACAAACUCAAACUUACCCAUAAUCCUUUACACUGUAGUUGGCCUAUGACAUUAACAAGGUAGUGCAUCUGGGUCAUUUAUUACAUUUGUUUUACCUGCAAUUUAAAUGAGGUUAGCUGUUUAUUAAAUGUAUAAUUACAGACAAAACUGUCAUUAUAUUAAUAUUAAUGAACGCAAAAUUUGAAUAAGGGUUUUGAAUUCUGUUUAUAUAAUGUUAGGAUGCUAUCAUGGUCAAUAGUUUAAGAGUCAACACAAUUUACUUCCUUUGUCAUUAGGAAUAUUUUGUGAUUAUUAAUAUAAUAUCUCCCUUUUAGUCAACCAAAAUGGACCAAUUUUUGUUUCUGAAUGUGCCCAUGAUAUUCAGUGUCAUAUAUCAUGAAUAUUAAACAUAUUACCUUGUGUAAACAGUGGUGAUACAUCUCAUUAAAAGUAUCAAUGU